AUGACUAACUUACCAAAAAUUCCAACACCACUUGCAAUUCCUGUUAGUCAUUAUAAGAUUAUUCCUAUGUCAUCUAUGUGGAUGGAUACUCAACCAACUAUGCCAAAUUCUAUGGUAACAUUAGUCAAUACUUCAUCACCAUCAGUAAGUGUCUCACCUCCGGCCUAUCAACAACAACAACAGAAUGUACAUAUAUAUUCACCAUAUAAAUCAUUCACUGCUCCUCGUGUAACAACUACACUUAUUCCACUCAACAUAUGUCCUGUUGAAUACAGUCAACCAUUUAGAACAAUACCAACUUCAACACCACUAGUUAAUAUCUUAGAGAAUCAUCAAGAACAGAAAUCAAACGAUAGUAUAAUAACUCAUCUCAUUGGUGAUUGGAUAAUACGAGAGAGUUCAAAGCCAUUUCGACGAAAAGAAAAUGAACAAGCAACACCUCCAAUAGAACAAUUAGUAAAACAAGAAAAAUUCGAUCUUAACGACUCUAUUGAUUUUCACCAAUCACCAGCGAAAAAUGUUAACCAGUGGACUGUCGAUGAUGUAUGUUUAUUUUUCGAAAGUGUUCUCGACAAAGAUUGUUACGCACCAUUAAUUCAAGAACAUUUAAUCGAUGGAUCAGCACUUCUUCUUUUAGAAGAUGAACAUCUUACUAGUAUUUUUCAAAUGCAAUUGGGACCUCGAUUGAAAUUACUUGAUCGUAUCCGUAAACUUAAGACAAGUGAUUGA